AUGGUGAAUAGUGGAUGUUUAAGUUCAGAAGACUUUCUUUUGAAGGUUGCUGAAUAUUUUAAAAUAUCUAAUGAACGUAACAUUGCAGUACGUUUGACUUUAAAGAGACUGGUGGAACAUGAUGAAGUUGAAUUGAAACCUGAAUACGAUGUCACUAAUCAACCUGCUUACGAUGUAUCUACCCAAGCUCAAUCAUUGUCCGUUACUUCAAUCAAACCAAAUAACAACGACAGAGAAUAUUCAUUAUUAGUGAGAGCAUCGUACGGCUCUCACAAAGGUAAAAAUAAGUGUUCAACUAUAAUAUCCGCAGGUUCAUUGGAUAAAUUCUGGCAAGAUUAUUCUUCUGUAGUCAGAACCAAUAUGGAUGGUUUAGUUAAGAAGAAGAAGAAGAAGAGAAGUACGAAGACUGCAUUAAAAUCAAAAAAAUCUGUAAAGAAUUAA